AUGAAGGGGGCUUACUAAGUUGCAAGAACUGUGUAGUAAACUCUGGGACCUGGAGGAAGAAAUGUGAUAUUGCAAUCAGCUCCAAAUUAAUAAGACUCUUUCUUAUCAUUAGACUCGCCAUUUAGGCCAUACAUCACCAAAGAUGGAGUGACAGUAGCAAAGGCUUUAAAUUAACUUAGAGACCCAUUAUAGACUAUUGGUGCUAAGUUAAUUUGUGAUGCUGCUGAUUAAACAAAUGAGCUAUGCGGAGAUGGGACUACAACCAGUACAAUUAUUGCAUACAACAUAUUACGAGAAGGAAUUAAAUAGCUAUAGCAUGGAAAAGUUAAUCCAGUUGAGUUAAGAAAAGGUAUAUAAAAAUCAGUUGAAGCUAUUUGCUAGGAAAUUGACAAGAUUUCCAAGAAAAUUAGCGUUAAAGAUAACAUUGAGGACAUUAGGAGUAUUGCAUUUAUAUCUUCAAAUGGAGAUAAAGAACUAGCUGAUUUAAUCGCAGAAAUACAUUAGAAGAUUGGGUUUGAAGGAACUAUAUCAAUAUAAGAAGGUAAAGGACAUUUAAAAACUGUAGUCUAGUAUAUUGAUGGUUACAGUGUAGACUAGGGAUUUUUAAGUCCAUACUUUACUGAUUAAUAAAACAAAAGCUCCUAAAUAGAUUAUGAGAAUGGAGUUUAUAUAGUUACAAUAGAUCAAAUCAUAACUUCUGCAAGUUAAAUAGUUCCAUUUCUUGAAUUUGCAAAGAAGACAUACAAACCUGUAAUAAUUAUUGCUUAGGAUUUUGAGGCUGAACCCCUAACUACCAUGGUAGUGAACAAACUGUAAAAUAAUCUAAAAAUAUGUGCAGUAAAAGCCCCAAUGAUAAAUGGGAGAGAUUAUUUAGAAGAUCUGAGUAUUCUUACUGGAUCUACCAUGCUUUCACCAGAACUUGGAUAUAACCGGCUUGAAAGACUUGAUCCAGUUUAUGUCGUUGGCAAGUGUGACAAAGUUCAGAUAAGUAAGGAUUCUACUGUUAUCAUAAGAGGACAUGGAUAAUAAGAUUUGGUUGAUCAUCGGAUUAAACUACUGGAAGAAUAAAUUUCAGACAAUAUAAUGCUUGGAGAUUAUGAUAAAGAAAAAAUUUAAGAGCGCAUUGCUAAAUUUAGAGGAGGGAUUGCAAUUAUCAAAGCUGGUGGAAGAUCUGAGGUAGCAAUGAAUGAAUGUAGAGAUAGAAUUGAGGAUUCUGUAUUUGCAGUAAGGUCUGCCUUAGAGGAGGGAAUAGUGAUAGGCGGAGGUUGUGCCUUAUUUUAUGCUGCUUAAAAUGCCUUGAAAGAAAUUAAGCUUUCUAAUGAUGAUUAAAUUAGAGGAAGAGAUAUUGUGAUGAAAAUUUCUGAAAUACCCCUGAGAAAGAUAUAUGAAAAUACAUUGACUCUCAACAGCGGGGAAGGUGGGGUUAUAAUAGAAAAGCUCAAGUAGUUAGGGAAUCAGGAAAUUGGUUAUGAUGCAAGAGAGAAAAAAAUAAAUAACCUUAUUGAAAAACAAGUAAUAGAUCCUAAAAAAGUAGUUAAGAGUGCAUUAAGAUUUGGAGCAGGACUGGCUAGCAUAUUAUUAACAGCAGAAUGCGCAAUAGUUGAGGAGAAAUACAACUUCAAUAAGAGAAUUCAUGAUCAAAUUACAUUAUGA